ACCGUAACUGAAAUAUUUUCGAAAAAGCGUCAACUUCAGCUCAGCUGUGCUUGGCGUAUGCCUCUUGAUCCGUCAUGAAAGUAUUUUGUGAAUAAAAUUAAUUAUCUAUAAUCAUUAAAAGUUUAAUAGAACUCCAACUUCAUUAGCAACUAAUCCUUCUGAUCAUCAAUCAGGUUAAAUUUAAAAAAAUAACCUAUUUUUUUAAAAAAAAGACUUGAUUAGCUGAUCUCAAGAUGCCUUUACCAAAGGUAACAAGUAGUCAAAAUAAGACAAUCAGUACUGUGGCAUUGAGAUCUGGAGUUACAACGAGGAAUCAACAAGCGACGGAUACCAAUAAUAUCAACAAUAAUUCAAAGCCAAGUGUAUCCAAGGAUCUGAGAACAAAACGAAAAGCUGAGGCAUCACCGCUUAAAAAUAAGACAAUCAAGAGAUCAGCUUUAGAAAAUAUUACUAAUGCUAUUGCUAAAACUCAAGGGAUUGCCCAAUCGAAGAAGAUUGUCAAGAAGGUUCAAAUCAAACAAGCUCAACCAGUCAAAGCUAAUGACAAGCCGGUAACGACGAAGCAAUCGACAAAUAUUGUAUCUAAUCUCAAGUCUAAGCUAACGACAAAGUCAGUGGUAAAAAAGAAGCCAGAGAUCAAGAAACCUCUUGUUGAAAAGGUCGUUGAGCUGAAGAAAAGUGAGGCAGCAGAAAAAUCUGAUGACAGUUCUCUAUAUGUCAGUGCUUUGGAAGAUGUUUCAGGAGGAAGUGCUAAGAAAUCCUCAGCCACAGUUGAGAAGGCUGCUGAAAAAGAUGAAGUCGUACCGAAAAAAAAUGCCGACCAAAAACCCAAGGAAGUGAUUCCUAAAAGUUUACAUUUAGAUGAUCCACCAUAUCGAGAGUUGCCAGAAGGAAUGGAGUCAGAUUUUGAUAUUGAAAACUGGCGGGAUCCAUAUCAAGUGUCGCAGUAUGCUUCUGAGAUAUUUGAGUACCUGAAAAGUCGUGAAUCUCAAUUCGUUAUUGAUGAUUACAUGGAGAACCAGACACAUAUUUCAGCGUGGAUGCGAUCGCUGCUGGUGGAUUGGAUGGUCGAAGUUCAAGAGUCAUUUGAAUUAAACCAUGAAACCUUGUAUUUAGCUGUUAAACUAGUUGACUUAUAUUUAUCUAAAAUAAAUGUGAUGAAAGAGAUAUUGCAACUUCUAGGAGCUGCUAGUUUAUUUAUUGCUAGUAAAUUUGAUGAACGAAUUCCACCUUUAGUUGAAGACUUCUUGUAUAUCUGUGAUGGAGCUUAUUCUCAACGAGAAUUAAUGAGAAUGGAGAUGAGUAUAUUGAAGACGAUCGACUUUGACUUAGGAAUUCCUCUUUCGUAUCGCUUUCUUCGACGAUACGCUAGAUGUAUCAAAGUAUCAAUGCCUACUUUAACUCUAGCUCGAUACAUCUUAGAGUAUUCGUUAAUGGACUACGAAACUGUUCAAUUUAGUGAUAGUAAAAUAGCAGUAGCGGCAUUAGUCCUUGCUUUAAUGAUGAAAGAUCUUGGUGGAUGGUCGACAGAAUUGGAAUAUUAUACAGGAUAUCAAAUAGAUGACAUUAGAGAUAUUGUAUUCGUACUUAAUAAUGGUCUUCAUAGAAAACCUAAAGAUGAGUUAGCAACUGUCCGACAUAAAUACAGUCACAAAAUAUUUUUUGAAGUAGCUAAAAUACCGCUCAAGAGAAGACUUGAUAUAUAGUCAUACAACUUCUAGACCAAGUGAAUAAGAAAAAAAAAACGACUUACGAAAAAUUAUCAACAACAACAACAAAAAAAUAAUGGCAUUCAUUAGGAAGUACAACUUGCUUUUUUUUUGGAAAGGAAUAGUGUUGAUGUCAGUAUGAGGCUUGUGGACUCUUUAAAUUUACCAGGUAGCUGUUGAAGAUGGUAAAUGAACCGAAAUUAUAAACACGAUUUCUCGAUAUGGAAAUCUAUUUUAUAUUGAAAAAUUAUUUAUCGAUUAAAAUUACGGUAAAUUUACCGUCUUUAAUAUUUUUUUAAAAAAAAUAAGCAAAUGAGUGUAAAUAAACUUGCUAUUACUUGGGAAUAUUUUUUUUCAAAAAAAUCAAUAUCUCUGUAAAUAUUAGAAAAUUUAUAAUAUUAACAAUAGCACUGCGGUCUUUUUGUU